GGGAUUUUUAGCUCCACCAAUUUUCAGUGUGGUGAGUUUGUGCUGGAAUACCGGGGUCAGCUACUAUCACCCACAGAAUACAGAAAGGCAUUAGAUGUGUACGAUGAGGACCAGAGGAUCUUCCUCUUUGAAUUUUAUUUUAAUGGAAAGCUGUGUUGGAUGGAUGCGAUGUUCUUACAGCUGGGACAUGUGAGCCUCGUGGUACUUCUACCAAACUCCUGCCCUGCACCAGUGCUGCCACGACUGUCACGCGGCCAAAUUACUACAGUGAGGAUGGAUGCGAUGUUCUUACAGCUGGGACAUGUGAGCCUCGUGAUUGUAAAAUACAUUCGGUGGAAAAAGAGUUAUUGUCCAGUUUGGAGAAAUGUCAAAUCUGCAAAGGACCAUUUUCCACUCUGAAGUGGCAUGGUGUCAGAUGUAAAGUUUGCUUCACUGUAUGGCAUGGAAGGUGCUUUGACAGACUAAAGACAUGUAAUGCUUCUGAAGACAGUGGGGAGAGUGAAAGUGAAAAAUCAUCUGGUGAAGAAUAUGUUCCAAAUUCUGAGAGUGACACAGAGUCUGUAACAUCAAGUCCAAAUGAAGCAAGUGCAGUGACAGCCAAAGCAAGCACUGAAUGCUCUGCAACACAAAACUGUAAUGCCUUGCACUAUACUACAGUAAUGGGCAAUGAGCCUUCCAACGACAAAAAACAAUCUUCCAGUUGUCCAGCAAAAUCAGCCACAUUAGCAAAACCAGAACGCAAUUAUUGCUUUGUUUGUGGUGAGGCACAAACAAAAAUAGCGAGGCAUUUUAAAAUGCAUAUAAAAGAAGAUGUGGAAAUAGCAAGAGCUCUAAGCCUUCCCACAAACUCAAAAGAGAGGAAACAUCUGCUGGAGGCUUUAAGGAACAAAGGCAACUUUUCUCAUAAUAAUGAUGUCCUAAGAAAAGGAGAAGGUAGUCUGAAAGUAAAGAGGCGGGCAUUUCAUUGUGCUGACUCCAAAAAGUAUGAGUACUGCGUGCACUGCAAGGGUAUGUUUUUACGUCAGGAGCUUUGGAGGCAUAUGCGGAGAUGUAGGUCUAAACCAGCAACUUCACCAUCUACUUCACCUUCUGUAGGGCGGAAAAGAGUCCUGACAAUUGCAACAACUGCAACAUCAAUUCUGUCAGGAACAACAAGUGCUGAGCUCCUGAAAUUGAUGAGUAACAUGAUUGAUGAUAAUAUUGCACAGAACGUGAGAAAUGAUCCUGGCCUCUUGCAGUUCGCACAGUCUCUUUUUAAUAGGCACGGACAUGACAAGACAAAACAUGAAUAUAUUCGUCAGAAGCUUCGGGAACUUGGACGAUUUUUAGCAACUCUACGCAAAAAAAAUCCAUCUGCGACAAUGGAAGAUGCCAUGAAGCCUGAAAAUUUCAUCGAUGUCACUGAAGCAGUGAGGGAGACAGCAGGCUUCGACCAAGCAGAAAACACUUUCAGAACUCCAAGCUUGGCAUUAAAAAUUGGUCACUCUCUCCUGAAAAUCAGUGAACUAUUCCAGUGUCAAGCCCUAAUUUCUGGGGAUGCAGAGCUAGGCAAAUGUGCAGAUGCAUUCCAAAAGCUGUACAAGACAAAAUGGGCAGAAUGCAUCUCGCACUCUGCACUGGGGACCCUCAGUAGUUUAAAGUACAAUAAACCAAACAAGCUCCCACUCACACAGGACAUAAAAAAAACUGAACACCCAUCUCCAGCACAUUUCACAGUCUGCUUACAUGGCACUAAGCAACGAGGCAUCUGAGGUGAAUUAUUCCAAGCUUUCCAAAUCCACAUUAACUGAAGUCAU